CGACCGCUCACAGGAGGACACAAGCGCACAUCCGCCGUCUCUGUCACUGCAAAUUAAAAUACUACGUCGGGAAAUUGGAAGGGCGGAGAGAUAGAGAGAGGGAGGGAUGGAGGGGAUGGAAGAGGAGCUGAAGAAAGAAGAGGGAGAGGUGGUGGGCAAAGCUGCCAGUGGUGGUGGUGGUGGUGGUGAUGGAGGACGAGGUAUGAGAGUGCUGGUGGUGGAUGACUCCCCUGUGGACAGGAAGAUAGCGGAGAUGCUGCUCAAGAAGAAUGGAGGGAUGUUUGAGGUCAUUCCCGUUGAUUCAGGCAUAAAAGCAUUGGAAGUUCUCGGCUUGAAUGAAGGGAAAUCUGAAAGGACCCACAUUAAUGAACAAAAGAUCGAUAUAGUUCUCACUGAUUAUUUUAUGCCACAUAUGACUGGCUAUGACCUUCUUAAGACUGUUAAGGAGAACAGCAACUUGAGAUCCAUACCCGUGGUCAUGAUGUCGUCUGAAAAUGAUCCUGAGAUAAUCAGCAGCUGCAAAGGAAUUGGGGCUGAAGAUUUCUUUGUUAAGCCAUUUAAGCUAAAAGAUGUACAGAGGUUACGAACUUACGCAGCCAAGACUCCAAUGUGCAAACACGGUACGAAGAGGAAGUUGCCGGUAGAUGUGAUACCAGAGAACAGCAGUUACGAGUCGUGCCCUCGCGUUCCAAAGGUUGCCGUUGCGUGAUUAAAUCAAGAAAUCCUGUUGUGUUUUUGACAGUUAACCACCAGUAAUCAGAUCCAGAGUUUAUAUUGUAACUAGAGCCUAACAAUGAUUAUUGAUCUCUUACGGUUAUUCGUUGUGCUAAGAUCUGAAAAAGACCACAUGCUACAAUUGGUUGAGAAUGGAGAGGCAAAGCAGUAUUGCAAAUUGAGUUUGGGAGAACUUGUGGAUCAUCUGUUAUUGCUUUUAAAUCUUAGCUUUGAUCUUAA